GGAAUUUCCGGAAGUGGAAAGAAAAGCGUGACUCGUGAAUCAGAAACGAAUGGGUCGCUUAAACUCGGAAUUUCAUCCAAAAGACUAGAAGAAUUACAUGCACUGAACUAAUAUUUAUAUUCGUAAGACGUCCCAGAGAUGUUUUCUUACGAAAGGUCCCACGAGGUUUACACAUGAUCGCUGAACAACAACAGCGGACCUACACGAAUGAUGCAACGCCGAGUAAAACGCGAACAACAAUGACACUCUGCGAUUGAACUAAGCAUAUAGACGGUCUAAAAUCACUAAAACCUAAGGCGAACUCAAGAAACUACGAGGCAAAUUGUUGGGGUGAAUAAGCGACGAAUAUGAGAGGACUGAGGCAAAAUCACGCGGAGGGUGGAUGUCAACACGAUGUUUCUUAACAAUUCAUAUUUCAACGUUCUUCGUAAAAUCGACAACAGCUGGGAUGAUAAACCGCUGACAUCCGGGAGAUCGCGCACCAAGAAAUGGCGGGAAAAAUUCUCCCGCUCCAACUCGUCCAAGUCCUCCAGAUCACUCGUCAGCUCCAAUAGCGUAGAAAGUGGGACCUGCAGCGAAGACGCCAAUUCUGGUUACUAUGGUGAUGACGAGAUAGAACCGUGCCUGCAGUGCCGUGCAGCGGAUUUCCCCCUGAGAAGUCAAAAGGCGAAUAUCGAAGAGUAUGACGUCAUUAGUAUUGAGGUGAAUGUUAGACACCCUCGGCGAAAUGGAUCAUCUUGUCGACAUUCAAACUCAGUAAAUUUUGAUGAGUUUGUUGUCAUUCCUUCCUCACGCGAGGAAUUUUGCGCGGGAAAAUUUAAACAAAGUACUCCAAAAGCAAUCUCAAAUAGGACUUUAGGGUCAGAAUCAUCUAGUACCACUUCUCCGCACAUUCUAGUCACGUGCACGCCUAAGAUUGUCUCGUGCGCAACACCUCUUAGCGAUGCUGGACCCAUGGUGCAUUCGCCAUCCUGCACGUGCUGCACGCCUCAGAAGCCCGUGCGUUUUCGUCUGGACGCCCCGUCCCGUAGUAGCUUUGCUGAUGCCAGGUUUUGGUGGCGGGAAAACAUCACGUGGCAACUGCGGCAGCGCAACAAGACGCAAACUGCGAACUUCGCGGAGCUACAAGAGACUGGACCACACUCGCGCGUCAAAGUAAAGAUUAACCGAGAUAUCGCGCACUUUUUAAACAGCUACGGGGAGUUCAGGCCGCACAACGAGUUCCUCAACACAGCGCUUGUGGAAAUGGAGGGGAACGCUUUGUACAGGGCAGACCUGGUAGAGGCUAUCCGACUACACGGGGGUGGGGAAGAGGAAUUGAGUGGAGAUGGGCUAGCGUCGCUGGCUCAGGCGUACAUUCGUAAGCAGUCAACAAAAGCUAAUCCUCCAGAGGAAACAGACGAUGAAAGCCGGCAAUUUGUACAGCGGCAGUCGAAAAAGCGCAUGCACACCCGUUUAUUUGUCCCGCGGUGGAAAGAAAGCAUCACAAAUCAGAUCCAAAUGCGAAACAUUUUAGAAUGUAAGUAUUUCACCGAUGCUAUCGUGAGAAGAUCACUACAGGUAAACGUUAGCGUAUCCGUAAGCACGAUUGACGAAUCGCAAACAAUGACAGAAAUAGAGGACUAUGACGUCAUAUCUUCGGAUGAAACGACCCAAGGCACAGAGCUGUGUGGGAAGGCGCUUAACUCGAGCCAGUCCACCUCGCAGGGAUACCACAGUGCUCCCACGCCACUGGUGGCUAAUGGGAGUGCUCAGGUGAUGGUAGUACCGUAGGCGUGUUAAAAAUAGAAGCUGGAGUGCCUAUUUGCGAAAGACAUACAAGACAGGAUUCGUAUAUGGCUGCGAAAAUGUAAUUAGUUUUAUCUAAUUGGAUACCAUAACUAGACAGAGAACUAUCUUUUUAUGCAAUACUGACCGAAGAACCGAACGUUGGAAUGUUUACAGAGAUUUUUAUGAGUGAUAAAUGGACCAGCUAAGUGGCAAUCUCACCAGUUUACUUCCGGUCGAUGACGUAACAAUCUCCGAUGAUUUUUAAGAAAAAUAUUUCAAAAUUGUAAAAGCAGUGUGUCUGAAGUUUCUUGUGUGUCUGAGAGUGUGACUGAUAAUUUAGAGUGGAUGGUCUGUUAACUAGCGCGGAUUCUAAUAGGAUUCCUUUUUUCCUAGUGCUGGAUGGAUAUAUCCACUUAUUUGAAAUGUAUAUAUGUGCAUAUUCGGUGAUCAUUUUGGAAUACGGUCUUAUUUUAUCUUAUUUUCAAAAAUGUUCGCAAAGUGAAUAGUUGUAUCCUCCUCUAAGCCCAAACCAGUAGCUUUGCCUGGAUCUUUAACCGAUAUAGCUAUUCAUUCCAAUUUUUAAAUUUUAUGUUUGCUAUAUUGUAAAUAAUUGUGUUUUACACAAAUAAGAUAUUUGAUCAUUUCGAUGUUUUUUUUUUUUACGUGACAGACUUUACUUUAAAGAAGACGUAUGAAUCUUAAUAAAAAGAAAAUAUUUUACAUGGCA